GCCUUGCCGGAAAAGACACGCUAUCACAAACAAGGCAACAUUAUACGAUAUCCCUAACUUCCUAUCUUCAACGGUCCUUCUUCUAUAUACACAAAUAAUACAUUCUCUUUGCAUUGUAUUUGCUCCUCCAACCCCACCAGCAGGUCGACCACCACCGCCGCUAUUCCUCCGUCCUCUCCACAAAUGUCACGUAACAAUCAUACAAUUACAACUACCAGAAUCCACAUAAUGGCCUUAGAUGGUAUCGUCAACGUAAAUUCCUUAUUCACCUUAGCACUCUUUCUUGGUCUUGCAUGGUACCCCACGGCACCUGACCCCACCACCACCCUUAUCACUGAUACUUCCUGCAUCGCCUCUUCUUCCAUCGUCGAGGAUCUCAUCGCUUUCCACGUCUAUUCUUUCAGCUCCUUUCUGUUCUCCAGUCUCAUUGCUUUGGCUGUCAAGCAAACCAUCAAGAUUUUUGAUACUAACAAAGAUGAUGAUUCUGAUGGGGUGGUGCGUAGUGCGCCCCUGGCUCAUGUUAACUUGGUGGCUUUACGGGCUGGGACUUUGGUUUCUGGGUUUGGGUCGGUUUUUGGAUGCGGGUUCUUGAUGAUGGCUUUGAUGGACUUGGUGCAAAUAAAGUUGGGGGUUCUGGGCUGUGGGAGUUUGCAUACAUUUGCUGCGGUUGCUCCUCUGGUUAUUUUGGUCCCUUCGGCUUUGGUAAUAUAUGUUUUUCUUAUGCUUUAUGCGUUUGCGCGCUAGCUUAGGGAGAUUUGAAGAAUUAAUUAGCUAGCUACCAUGUGAAUAUAUAUUGUUUUCUUUGAUCUUGCUGUCAAUGAAUUGUUUCCAAUACAUUGUAAAAGUUGUGAGAUGGACCUAUAUUGGUCUCUUGGAAAGUGAACUAGUAAAUAAAAAUUGAGAAUCUUUGAUUAAAAA